AUGAAGAUCUUGUCCCAGAUGGAUGAAGCCAGUUCGCAGCCUGUCAACCAGAGCCAUCCGACGAAGCCUGCAUCUUUAGCAUCAAAUUCAUUAUUGCUACCGCCCAUCCUGUCCUCAGUCACGGCACCGGUAUCUCCGCCUUAUAAGCCGAGCUUGACAUCCGCUAACUACGCUGCGCGGGUUCCCUCGCUACCCGCGCCCCAAUCCUUAGACGCCAAGACCAUACCGAAUCCAAUUGAUCUCCGAGGGACAGCGAAGAGAAUUUCCUCGCAAGUCGGCCCGAUCCCCACGGCUCGUGUCCCGCGCAGCCUGCCAGACGACGAGAAGGAGAAGGCUAGGAAGCCGCAGAAGGUCUCCAAACGAUCGAGGAAGGGCUGUUUAACGUGUAGGUUCCGCAAACGCAAGUGCUGUGAGACUAAACCAGUGUGCACUGAGUGCAAGCGGCUAGGCAUAAAGUGCUCCUGGAUCACAAACGGCCUUGAAAAUAAGAACAAGUCGAAGAAGAAUCCCGACUUCCUCCGAAACGACGAAUGCUACGACGACAUUUUCGGCGUUAUCAAAGUGGUCAGAGGCAAGAUAGACUACAAAAUCGCAGACGGCGACUUUGUUGAGGGCAACAAACCUCCGGACGAUGAGCUGUACAAUAAAGAGGCAGACACACACAAAACGUGA